AUGAGCACCAACCACGACAACACCACAGCAGCCAUCGAGCAACAUCCGAGUGGCUCUACCAGCCCGACCAUCCUGCCCACGACCCCUGCCGAGGCGCCAGCGGACGCAAGCCGGGUGAGCGUCGUCCCACUCCCCCCGCCGCCCUCGUAUGCCGAAGCCUCCCAGGGAGCCUCGCUCGGAUCCUUCUCCACUCGUCCCUCAGGCUCCACGCAUCCCGCAAACCCCAAUCGACAUACAAUCGAGACUAGCUAUCGCUUCCCCUCUGGCCUGUUCGUCCUGAGGAACAGAAGCAGCCUCAAAGUCCUCGAUGUCUCCGGUGCAGGUACUCAAGUCGGUACCCCCGUCAUCGCUUAUAGUCCCAAACGUCCCACGCUGCUCCAUGGCGAUUUAUUCCACAAGGAAAACAACCAGCUAUUUUUCGUAGAUUGGCAUGGAUGUUUGUGUUCAGCAAGCUCGGGGUUACGAGUCGACGUGGGCGAGGACUACCGGCUAGUGCUCUCGAAACCCCAGCCGAUAUUGAGCCGGCCCACACGGGAGUCACAUCCACCGGCGCAGUUCCGAUACGACCCGAUGACACGGACGAUCGAGGUGAAGUUCAUGCACGAUCCAACGUAUUCGAAUGCGACGAUGGAGGAGAUCAACAGUGUGGAUUAUUUGCUCGAAGUGCAGCCGGUCUCCUUCGGCUCGUCCCGGAAAUCAUACUCGUCCACCCCGUUUCCAUUGGAAAAACUCUCUGAAUGGUUCCCCUUCGCCACUAAAUCCACCACAUCCACAUCCAACAACCAGGCCUGCUCAUCUUCGUCGCCCGUGGUAGGCCGGAUUCCGACAGACAGAAGUUCUCUUGAUAUAGCGGAAGAAGAAGAAGAUUCAGACUUGGACAACUCUCCCGAUCCGGCCCGGGCCGUACGAGUAGUCUCCGUAGCCCCAGGCUGGCGCGAAAAGUUCCCGUCUUCAGGGACGCCCGAGGCGCGCAGAUGGGCAAAACGGCAGUGGGAUAUCGCUAGCAUUCUCGUCCAGCCCGCCCGCCCCCUUUCGCCCGAUGGUAGCUCGCUCAGAUCAGAUCAUGCUGAUCCUCCUAUCAGCGUCUUGGCCGACUUGGGCGAGGCACUGGGCGACCUGGGUCAUGAAAUAUUUCGCGCAUUCGGUGGCUCGACUAAAUGA